ACCGGAUAUCAUGGGUUUCCGCAAAUUUUUUGCCCUCUACGAAUAACGAACAAAAAACUAAAAAUUCUCUCCAUGCGUAAGAGCGACCUUUAUCUCUCUCUCACCGACGAUUCCCCAUGGCACCUUCUCUGAUGGCUCCUUCUCACUUUCUCUUCAUAUCAAAUUCAAAAAUUAUUUUUCUUUUGAUUUUCAGUAAUAUAAAUUAAACAGUUCAGUUUGCUCAAAUUGUGAUCAUAUCGAGAAUUGAAUAAGUACGUGCAAAAUUCCUGCAAAUACAAGUAAGAGGAACCCUAUGGAUGUGUUGAGAAGGUGAAAUUAUCAAAUUACUGGCCAUCAAUUAACUAAGGGGAAAAAUGACUGUGGAGAGGCUUGGGAAAAUUGUGGUUGUGGGAAUACAAUUCGAUGGCCAUACUAAAGAGUUAAUGGAUUGGGCUGUUAUGAAAGUAGCUGAUCCUGGAGAUUGCGUGAUUGCCAUUCACGUUUGUAGGAGUUCUGACUCCGUCCCGAGAGAGAAUGCUUUGUUGGAUGAUUAUUUGGAAGACUAUAAAGGGAUGUGUAACCAAAGGCAGGUUGCUCUCAGUUCGGAGGUCUUGAAAGGAAAUUCUAUCAGAAAAGUUCUGGUGAGAGAAGCAAAGAACCAUUCUGCAUCGGUUGUUAUAGUGGGGAUAACUAAGUUUAGUUCUUUCGGGGGUUGGUCUUCAAUUGCUAAAUAUUGUUCAAGGCGACUUCCUUCGACGACUGAAGUCAUGGCAAUUCACAAUGAGAAGGUUGUGUUCAGGAGGAGUUCCAAAAAUCAACCUGAAGGUCCUCAAAAAGAUCCGAAGCCGAGUUUUUAUUUAACUGGAAUCCCCACUUUCAAAGAUACUCAAUCUGAAUUUGGUGUAUCUGAGAUAUCAGAGAUGGGAAGGCUAAGUUAUGAUGGGAUUCUGACCUCCAAAGAUGAAGUUUUUAGCCCUGUUGGAAGACACAAAAAAGGUUCUCUGAGUUCGAUUUCUCUUCCUGCAGAGGAUUUUACACAGCAGAGGCCGGGUUGGCCCCUGCUCCAAACAUCUAGUUCUAUAACUCAACCAAGUCUUGAAGCAAGAAAAAUGUCGGUUGUGAGAUGGGUAAUGAGCUUACCAAGUCGAUCUUCGCUAGAAGUUUCUGAAUUAAAGUCCAUUCUGGGUAACACGGGGGAUGUUUUGGGAGGAGAAUACAGAAACUGUACACCCUAUGGUACAGUAGACAAAAUAUCUAGUCUCAAAGGGCUGCCCCAAGAGUUGGAGCUGAUACUCGAAACGAAUCCACAUACCUGCAAAUGGUUCAUCUAUGAUGUGCUCAGAAUGUCAGCUUCUCAGUUCUCUACAGCCAAUCUUAUUGGACAAGGAGGGUGUAACUCUGUAUACAAGGGGCUUCUUCCUGAUGGCAAACGAGUGGCAAUUAAAAUUUUGAGGUCAACAAAGGAAGCAUGGAAGGAUUUUAUACUGGAAGUCGAUAUAAUGACCACAUUGAAGCACAAAAGAAUUGCUCAUUUGCUUGGGAUUUGUGUAGAACAUACUAAUUUAAUCUCUGUUUAUGACUUUUUGUCUAAAGGAAAUUUAGAAGAGAACUUGCACUGUAACAGAAAGGAAAAGUCUGUUUUGCAAUGGGAAGUAAGAUUCAAAGUAGCUGUUGGGAUUGCUGAAGCACUAAAUUACCUACACAAUGAAUGUCCAAGGCCUGUAAUCCAUAGAGAUGUCAAAUCCUCAAAUAUUCUUCUCACCGAUGAUUUAGAACCACAGUUGUGUGACUUUGGAUUGGCAAUAUGGGGCCCUACAUCAGCCUCUUUCCUGAGUGACAGAGAUGUAGUAGGAACCUUUGGCUAUCUUGCUCCUGAGUAUUUUAUGUAUGGGAAAGUCAGUGACAAGAUUGAUGUGUAUGCUUUCGGUGUAGUUCUACUAGAAUUGCUAUCGGGAAGAAAACCAAUUGGUUUGGAGACUCCAAAAGGUCAAGAAAGCUUAGUCAUGUGGGCAAAAACUAGACUAGAAACUGGAGAUCUAAAAAGCAUUUUGGAUCCAAAUUUGGAAGUUGAUAUUAAUGUGGAUCAAAUGCAAAGAAUGGCUCUAGCAGCUACCCUCUGUCUAAAACAAGCUGCCCGUCUUCGUCCCAAAAUUUCCCAGGUACGUAGUUCAUUAUUCCAAAUUAGACCUUUAUGCCUUGUUAUAAUCUGCACCAAACCUGAAACCAUUUUGUUGAAAGCGGAACAGCUCUAAUAUCAUUUUGUUGAGAAUCCAGCUAAAUAAUUAAAGAAUGAGAAAAUAUGGGUAAUACGAAAAUAAAUGAUUACAAGGAAAACAAAAUUUACGUAAAAACCCAAAUCCUCGAAAACCACGGGCAAAGGCGGAGAAUUCACUAUAAUCAACAGUAAGAAGUUAUAAAUGAUCUCUUUGGACUAAUAACUAAUUGAAUUAUUGGUCAAUUUCAAUGUGUGUUGUAUACCACAUAUUUUUAACCAAAGAAUUCCUAACAUACUAGAAUAAUUAAUACAUAAAGAGUAAUAUAAGGUGAAAUCUCAAUACAAUGAGUAAAAUCAAUAAUGGGGAAUUUGUAAUGAAAUAAGAGUCAAAUUUACCUUGGACUACUUCAAGAUAUCUUCAAGCUUACUACCAACUUUCAAUACUCUUCAAAUAGUAUUUCCAAUCAAAUCCUCAAUAAAAAUUCAGGUCAUAACCCAAUUCUAACAUUGACAUGAUUUCCACUAAAAGAAAUAAAACUUAACUCUUCAAUAAACUCCAAAAAUAAUUCUUGAAGUAGAAACACUCCAAACAAAUUACUCCACGUCUUCUACCAUGCCCCUUCUAGAUAUACCAUGCCCCUCGUCGGGCAUACUUAGCAAUUGUGAACUAAAUUCAAGUCCUGCUUACUAGCAAAAUUACCUUGCGCGCCAACCUUGCUUGAAUCAUUCGUUCACUUCCAACUCCAACCAAGCCACCAAAACUGCUCGAAUCAUCACGAGCACUUCCAACUCCACCUAAAUUGUCAAACUUGGUCAAAUCACCACAAGCAACAUGAUCUAUCACAACUAGCUCCACCUGAGCUACUGGAAGAUUUUUCAAUAUUAUUGUUCGAAUCACCACGAACAAAAUGAUCACAACUGACUCCACCUGAGUCACCGCUUAUAAAAUCAUAAGUUGCAAUUGCAUUCAUAGGGACUGUCGAACCAUCCAAAAUAUAUAACCGAUCUUUAUAUUGCUUCUCCUCUAGCAUCCAAAUAAAAAAACAAAAGCGGUAUUCUAAUUUCAUACUUGACAUACGUGAAACAAUUGACCUUGCUUCAACCUCUCUUUAAUAUCCAUUUUGGACCUUCCAAAUUGUUUCCUACAUCAUGAAUAGAAAUCUGAGGGGCCGUAUUUUCUGUAUUCAAGAAACAGAGAACUAACAUAACUCUGAGGGUGAACUACUUGAAAUGUUUUCAGUGUGCACAUUUCUAUUUUUUUUUUUUUUUAUUUCUUUCACUAUU